GUAAAUUUCGUGUCUUGUUGGGUUUGUUUUGUAAUUUAUAUCUUAAAGUUCUCACUAUUUUUAUUAAUUGAUAGAUACAGAAGUUGUUAUAUUAUCUAUUUAGUUAUAGUUGUAAAAAGAAACUGUAUAAUACUCCUAAAGAUUUACAAUAGUCAAUACUUUACAAGUUUCAAGAUAUUCAAAAUAUUACUAAAAUAAAAUGACUCUACAGGAAACUAUGAUCAGUCAAGAACUUGCUAAUGUAGAUUUAUCCAAGGUGGCAGCUUUACAACAGAAGCGAACAUUGGCGUUUGUGAAUCAUUUUGUGCUCACUAAUGUGCAGUUUCUAAACAAUUUCAUGAAGACAUGUGAACAGAAACUCAUGGACUUUGAAAAGAAGCUGGAGAAAGUUAAUGCUGCCAUGGUUUUAUUGGAGGCCAGGCUCUCAUCUAUACCAGAAUUGAACACAGAAACACAAACACCAGUUCAGAAGGCACCUGAAGUCACAGAGACCACAUCAAAUGAAGAAGCUCCAGCACCACAACCACAGAGCACAGCGCCUGUGCCAGACACAAAGGAACCAGAGCCUCCCAGUGAUGUCCCAGACACUGUAGAAAGCAAACCUUCACAUCCUGAGUAUGACAGAUUUGUCAAAAUGGUGCAAGUUGGAGUGCCAUUACAAGCUGUGAAGCUAAAACUGUCACUGGAAGGAUUAGAUCCUAAUGUUUUAGAUGCAAUCUUGGGGAAAUAAUCUCAUAUCUUUAAUGCUUAUAGAGAAUCUAUGAAAUAUUUAAUUUUAUUGUACCAAUUAUGGCCUAUACCUAAUAAAAAAUAUGAGCUAGCCAACAGCUUUAAAUGUUUGUUACAUUUUAUGUAGUUAGUAAGCAACAAAUUAUAAAAAGCUUAUGUAUAAUUUUAAUAAAAUGUUAUCUUAAAAUCA